CCUAGUCCCUUAUCCUUAUGUAAAGGGUCCGUUGCCUCCCCCGCUUGAAGAUCGUCAAGAUACUUCCCUCUUGCUUCGAAUUGCUCUUCCCAUCCCCAUCCUACCCCCUCCCCAGACCACAAUUCAUCUCAGCUGAGCAGUAUCCAUCAUUGUCUCCUGUCAUCUCAUCUACUACGCGGGAACCACCCACUACAAGCGUCUCCACUACUCUGUAGAGUCUAACGUUCUUUCCCACUUCUCUCGCCGUUUCGAGUCAAGAGCAGGAACAAGAACAAGAGGCUCAGAUCAAAAGCCAGGCCCACUGCCACUACACUGCACUAGCCAUACCCAAUUCCCAAGUUCAAGUCCUCAAUAUCCCAAUUGCUCACGAUCGUCGCCUUUUCCUGCCUCCAAGUGUGGCUGCAUCCACUUCCACAACAACCGUCCUCCUUGCCCUCGUCCCUUCAUCGCAACGACGACGAUCCCUCUACCGAACGAUCUGACAGCUUUCAAGCCGUCCCAAAAAAAAAAGGGUUUCGCCGGCACUGCACAGUUGAAUCCGUUGGGAAAUAGAAGAAAGUUCUACCCUGUCCCCCGAGAAAGAACUCAUAUUCCCGGCAUCAUCGAGCCGUGAACAAAGAAAAGCGUCCCCAUUGAGCAGAUACUAGCUUCCACCCCAGCAAAGCGACUCAACGCAACGCAUCUCUACGCAGCAGAGUCGCAGAGCAUUGUCCAGCUCCAGCAUUGGCAGCGCAGAAUCUCAACCCUGAGCCCCGCUAGCACCAGCACCAGCACCCCAUCCACGCCCGCUACGCUCGCAUUCUUCAAGGCAAGGGAAUUAGAACGCUGCUUGAGCAUUGUCGAUCGUUUCCACCGCAAUCCCAAGGGCCCCUCGGAGGCACGCACCGUCCAAAAAGCACGUCCCUCAGGCCCCUCCGCCAUUCUCCCCUCAGACGAAUCGCUGUGGGUCGGCCCAGAAAGCCUCUCAAAACACUGACUACCUUCGCCAGCCAACCACAUCGUCCCUUCCUCGACCACUGCAAGAACACAUAAAGAACGCUGAUCCCAUCCCCGAGAAACGGUUCGGAUCAUUCCUACAUUCUGCAAGACCUCCUCGGCCCUAAUACGUACUACACGACCAUCAUCAGACGGGAUCUUGCAUCUAGUACAGGCAUCCUCUGAAACUAUCACUUCCACGAUUUAACAAAACCACCACCUUUCGCCGCCUAUCAACACUGAUCAUCUUCUAAGAUGACCAUGACUAUCGACAAUCAACAACGCUUCGGCAUGUUCGACCCUAUGCCUUACUCCAGCUCCCCGCACUUCACCAAUCCAUGGACGUCCUCAGCGCCAGCUCAGAACCAAAAUCUAUACGCGCCCUCUCACAACCUCCACUCCACCCACGGUCUCACUGAGAUGGGAAAACAGCAACACCAUGCUCCUCGAAUUCACAACGCCGCUUCUUUGGGUCAAUACCACAGCGUGCCAAUUUCGCAAGCAUCAUCAGGUAGCUCUCUCUUGACCGGUAUCUAUGGCUCGCAGGAUGUACUCACCACGACCCAAGAUAUGCUGAGUCCGGUCCGCUCAACAACUGGUUUUGGCAAUGAACCAACUUACACCAAUGCUCCUUCGCCCGUGCACAGCAACUAUCCCCCAACUUCCUCACCCUAUGAUUCAAUGGGAUACGUACCCGCACCUGUUCGCUCCACAUAUGCCAUGCCGCAAGAUACUUCACGCCGUCUCUCACAACCGUCAGUAUCCUCCAGUUCUUUUCUCGAAAUCGCCGAAGAUGCGCAACGCCUCCAACGUCAACAUUCACAUAUUGACUUCAAUGACAGAGGCAUACCAAACGAAUCGACACGGGGAUUUGGAGAUGAGAUGGAUGCAAGCAGAGGAAUGAUUGCCAUGAGUCAAAACACCACGCCAAGAAACAUCUAUGCGCCGCAAGGAAGGGCUGGCGGUAGAGGAUCAGGUGAUUCAUACGGAUUUCCUUCUACACACUCCAGCAGUUCUUCGAUAUCAUCUUCUGGAAAUUACCCAUCAUACUUCGGCGGUUCAGUUGACUCAUCAGUGAGCGACUAUUCGAAUGCGGGCUCAGACAUCGAAUCAGUCUCCUCUAGAACAUUACCUAGACCAUCGGGUCUCCUCAACGGCGGCAUUCCCCCCGCACCCCAAUCGAUGAUGGGACAAUUCAGUUCGAAAGUCUCAUCCAGCACGCAGAAGAAGCACAAGUGCAAGGUUUGCGACAAGCGAUUUACCCGCCCAAGUUCACUUCAAACACACAUGUACAGCCACACUGGUGAAAAACGUAAGUUACGCACGGAUAUAUACCCAUGUUGGCAUUGACUAAUUCAAUCUAGCAUUUUGUUGUGAAGUUGAAGGUUGCGGAAGACAUUUCUCAGUCGUCUCAAACCUACGAAGACACCGAAAGGUCCAUAAGGGAGAGGCGCGCUCGGAAGCCGGAUCCUCCGAUCAUCAAUCAGACUAAUAAGUCAAUUUACGCCACAUCACAAAAUCCAAUCGUGUUGCGCCUGUUUAGAAGUUUCGCCAUGUCACGAGAAAACAAAAGUCGGAAAAGAGGCGAGCUUAUAUGUGGUUUUUGCGUUUGCGAUAUCCCCAUUUCGCGUGUUUAUAUUCUUCCUUUUCUGCGUAUUGUCUUUUUAUUCUCUUUCGACAUCUACAGAAUUCGACUGGGUGGUUUUCAUUUGCUAGAUAGAUUCUCUUCUGCCACUGUCGUUCAGUAAGCGCCUUUUCUAGAGGCCUUGAGACUCAUAUGGAGGGCAGGCAUUGGACCUUGUUUUUUUGUUUCAUUUACAGGCGUUUUUGUUUCUUGGGUGAACAAGCGACUGUUGGCAAGUUGCCAUGGCAUAGAUCGACUUUUUUGUUUUGUUAUAUCUUGUUUUUAUGUUUUUUUGGGAAGGAAUUGUAACAUUAGUGGAUAUGUUCUUACUCUCGCUGUCAUAUAUACCCCACGACCGAACAGAUGGCCGUACACAGUCACUACAUUUUUAAUUAGAUAAUCACUCUCAGGAGGUUAUAUCCCUCCGCUGAGGAGGGUAUCAAUUUUCUCUUCAUUUCAUACAGUCGCUACUACAUUAAUAGAUAAUUACUACUUUUUCUUUUCAAAUACAAAAAAUAAAUCAAAAAAUAAAUGAUAUAAAAACAUCCAAUGAC